AUGCAGGGCUACCGCGCAACGGAGGAAGAUGCAACGGUCAUCUUGGCGUCUCUCAAGAAUUUCCCCUUCUGCAGGCUGUGCACAAUAUUCGAUGGCCAUAUAGGAAAAGAGACAGCCUUAUACUGCGCUCGAAAUAUAGCGGAUUUUAUAGGAAAGUGCGAAACGUUGGACGCCCGUAGCAUAACAGAUGCCUGCAUCCAGAUGGACAACGAAAUUUUAAACAGCAAUUUUGCCAAUAGUGGAUCCACAGCCAUCAUUGCCAUCAUUGAAAAGGUUAUGAACCAGGAUGUUUUCAAGCUUUACAUUUGCAACUUAGGUAGUGACUCUCGGGCAAUGCUAAUCAAGAAGGAUGGUUCGUUCAUCUCCCUGAGCGAAGAUCACAAACCAUACAACAAAAAGGAAAAGGAGAGAAUCGACAAAAUUGGAGGCUUCGUGGAAAAUGGAAGGAUACUUGGCUACAUUGGUGUGUCCAGAUCGUUUGGGGAUAAAAACUACAAAGGAAGGAGCAGCGUUCCGUAUAACCCCCACGAGACGAUGAUCACAUGCAUACCAGACAUAAAAAUUUUUUAUGCAAAUUGCGACGACAUCUUAGUGUUGGGGUGUGAUGGUAUAUUCGAAAUGCUUUCAUGGAGUGAGGUCGCCAAAUUCAGCUACGAGUGUGUCAAUAGCUACUCACUAAGCGAUGCAGUGAUUAACAUUCUAGAUUAUGCGUUGUUGUCUGGCUCCAGGGACAACAUUACGAUUCAAGUAGUUAAAUUUUUUAACGAGCAAGUGAAAAGUUUCCAUUUUCGAGAAAAAUUGGUACCCAGCAUUUAUAUACAUAAUGAAAAGGUAACCAAGUAUGAAUUCUAUGGAAGGUUCCUAAAUAAGUAUCACAUAAAUGAUAGGAAUAUUAUCAACAACUUGAUGGAAUACUGCACCGAAAUAAAAGAAAAGGGCUGUUCCAUUGGCCCAUUUUUAAAAAGAAUGCGAGAAAAUAAAAACACACAUAUUAUAUUAAAUAGGAGGAAUAAGAAAAACAUCAAAUAUUUGACGUUGCCAAUUCUGCAAGAGGAUCUCAAAACCAACAACUCCUUUAAUGCCAUGGAUCAAAACGACUUCAACAAUAUGAGGGAGUUUUUUAGAGAAUACGACAAAAAGAUAAAUAUGGUGAAUUGUUCACAUGGGAUGAAUGAAAAGACGCGGUGA